UUCGGGACAGCACUGCUCCGCUGCAAACAGGUGUGCUACCGUCCGGGUCACUUCUGCUGGGAAGCCACUGAGAGGCAGCGUCCCAAAACCGGAACCAAGCAUCCUUGACGCGGGACAGCGGGGACCGGAGGAGGAGAAUCAACCCGGUCAAGUCUUUAUUAGCCUGGGCUGUUUGAACGGGUUCAGACACACAGAGAGAGGAGAGAGGGAGGGAGUGUGAGGGAGAGAGGGAGCGAUGGCAACGAAAAAGGCGUGCGUGGAUGCGCCCAAAAGGAGCCGGAGUCCGGUCGUGUUGGAGGCGGAGAUGUUCAGUGAAUUUCAGGACUGGUGUCUCCGGACUUAUGGAGACUCGGGUAAAACAAAGACCGUCACCCGGCGAAAAUAUAACAAAAUCAUGCAGACACUGUUGCAGAACGACGAGUCGGAUGGCGUUUAUAUCGACAACAGCCACAUCAACGCCAAAUUCAAAUUCUGGGUGAAGUCUAAAGGAUUUCAGGUCGGGACCAACGUGCUGGGAGAGCACAACAAGAAGGGAGCUCCAGGGAAACCCGUCCUAUAUGUCCCGGUCAAGUCAACGUGUUCAGAUGGGAAUUCGGCCCAAGACAACUCCUCCCUGAAGCGUGUAGCUGUGGUAGAAGACUUCUUCGACAUCAUCUAUGCCAUGCAUGUGGAGAUGGGCGCUGACCCUGGGAGAGCACCCAAACAUGCAGGCCAGAAGAAGACCUACAAAGCGAUAGCAGAGACUUACGCCUUCCUGCCCAGAGAGGCGGUGACUCGGUUCCUAAUGAGCUGUGGAGAGUGUCAGAAGAGGAUGCACAUCAACCCCAGCACUGCAGAGUUCAAAGAAAAUGACCGACCCACCUCCCUGGUCCCGGACCUCAUUGAUUACAACAUGCCUCUUACUGCCACCUACCUGAAACAGAUGAAGCUGCAGUGCAUGACUGCCACUGAAAGGGAUGAUAGUUCGGUGAGCAGCGAGGACAUGAACGGCGUUGAGACCACAUGGGUCGCAGCUGAGCAGCCUCCAGUGCCUGAGCCCAGUCCACCCAACGGAGAGAGAGUCAGCAACCCAGCAGCCCCCAUUAAAGAGGAGGAAGACGACGACUCCUCGGAGAGCGGCAGUGCCAACGGGCUGCCGGCCCUGACCUCCCCGGAGGUGCUGGCUGUGGGUGGGAACCCCCCAGAUGGUGGGGCCCCAUACGGGGAGGUGACAGAGAACGGGCUGAGCGCUCCACUGGACUUUAGCACCACCUCGCCCUCGUCCUCCUCAGAGGAUCAGCAACCGGUCAACCUGAGCGACAGACUGCUGCCGGCUGGGAGCUCGCCGCCAAACUCUUACCCCGCAGACCCCAACAGGAAGUACCCCAUCAAAACAGAGUACACUAACAAGUCCCCUCCUUACAGCUCAGGAAGCUAUGACUCUGUGAAAACUGAACUGAGCAUGAGCGCUGAGGACUUGACCUCUGGUCGGGCACAGAUAAUUGAUGAUGACGAUGAUGAUCAUGAUGACCACGAUGACAGCGACAAGAUCAAUGACGCUGAGGGUAUGGACCCUGAGAGACUCAAAGCCUUCAAUAUGUUUGUGCGUCUGUUCGUGGAUGAAAAUCUGGACCGCAUGGUGCCCAUCUCCAAACAGCCCAAGGAGAAGAUCCAGGCCAUCAUUGAGUCCUGUAGCCGCCAGUUCCCAGAGUUCCAGGAGCGCUCCCGCAAGCGCAUCCGCACCUACCUCAAAUCCUGCCGCCGCAUGAAGAAGGGCGGCUUUGAGAUACGACCUACACCUCCUCACCUCACCUCUGCCAUGGCUGAGAACAUCCUUGCCGCUGCCUGCGAGAACGAAACCCGAAAUGCUGCCAAGAGGAUGCGGCUCGAUGUCUACCAAGCGGAUGAACCUGCCUCUGCUGACAAGUCCAACUCGAGGGACCCGGCUUCUGUGGCGCCGUCAGGGUUCACCAUCUCCAGCGCAGCUUUUGCCCAAGACCAGCUCUACACCAACGGAGGCCUCAACUACAACCUGCGGGGAUACGGCACGGUCAGCAGCAACCAGCAGAACUCUGGAGCUGCACAAACCAACGGUCCCACAGAUCUGAGCAUGAAGUCAGUCGGCCCAAACUCCACCUCCUCCAGCUCCAACAGUCACGGUCAGGGUGGCGGCGGCGGCGGAGCUUCAGCCCAGCUCAGCCCUCCGGAGGUUACGGCGGUGCGGCAGCUCAUUGCGGGAUACCGAGAGUCCGCCGCCUUCCUGCUCCGCUCUGCAGACGAGCUGGAAAACCUGAUCCUGCAGCAGAACUGAGUCCGAGCCAAAACCCUCUCCCAGCCUGUCCAUCUCUGUCGCCCUCAGUCACACACAUCUGGGCAGACGUUCAUACAAAGACACAAAGGUACACAAGUGAUGCUGCAGCACACACAGUGGGUCCUGUAGGUACCGUCACUUAGUCCCACAUGUUUCUGUAUUUGGACGGGCCAGAACAUAUCACAGGCUGAAAAUGUUUAUUUAUGCAUUUGGUUCACUUUGACCUUAGUGCCCUGUUAUCUGUAGCCAUUCAUCCCAUUCAGUUCAUUUUACCACUUCAACCUCCAUUCGUCUCAGGAAGCGAUGAUCUAUGUGAAAGAAUUAUCUGCAUUGGUGCACAGGGGAGUACCACUACCUUAAAUUAGCUGUGACCAGAAUGCCACAUUGGCUCGUUUAUGCAGAUGUUUGGACAAAUUAACGGUUAAAUAGCAGUGAUUUAGUGUCAUUACCUUGUGUCUAUUUUUACACAAAUUGUAAAAUAUGCUGUACAGUGGCAUGAUCUGAUUGGGUCGUCUGAUUCGAGUCAUUUCUAAACCAUAACUCUCCAAAUUCACUUCUGUGCUUUCUGGAAGUAGAUAAAUCGCUGCUAAAUCCACUGACCUGUUAACCUCAACAGCUACUGAAGGAUGUGCUGACUUACAUAUACACAAAAAAAAACAAUGUAGAGAAAGGUUAAAAAAAAAAAAAUCAGGACAGUGUUUGACAGUUUUCACCUGAAAGGUUUGACCAGCAGAUCCGUCAAAACGAUACCUCGGUCCUGCUCUGUUGGAGUGGUUUCCAGAGUCUGCAGCCCCGUGUACAUGUGUACAGAUGUUUUUGAAAACUGAUAUUAUUCCCCUCCUUUCAAAUAUGUCUGUCCACACAACCUUGGUUUUACAAAAUCUUUGUCCACACUAGAACGCAAAAACGACUCCAACUGCUCGCCGGCGUUAGCUGUCUUCAGCAGCCUCUCCUCAUAGGCAGCAAAGUGUACAGGCAGACGUUACCUUUUUCAAAACACCUACUGGGGAUCUCAUGACUGUUGAUGUGUGUUUAAUUUAAGGAGGAUGGAGCUCACUCAAACAUACGAGUGAAGCUCUGGACAAGCCAAAGUUUUCCUUCCAAUACUCAUCGACAACAAUCUGGUGAAUUUUAAAGAAUAGGCGCUGAGGUGGACCGGAAAAACAGUGGAUGCAGCAAAUGCCGCCGUUUCUCUGUGAAGGGGUGCAGCCAAUAUUAAGUUUAAGUGUAAAAUAGUUUAGCAAAGCCUGACCUAUCUCCACAGUGCUUUGUCAGCACUUGGAGAAGUUUUGGAAUCACCAUAUUACCAUAUGAUCACGCUCGCUGGCUUGAUUUCGUUUCUCUAAACCAAUCAGUCGCCCUAGGCAGCGCGAAGUCCAGGACACAGUGACAGGGCUAACUGUUAGCAUCACACAGCUAAUGCUACCUAACAGUUAAUGUGUUUAAUGACAGUGUCGAGCUGUUUCAGCAUCAGUGUGUUUGUUCAACCCGGUCUCACUUCGAAGUCGUCAAAAUUUGGCACUCAGGCAGUGACUUGCAGUGUCAGACACUGAUGAAAAAGCCGUCCUUUAACAUCAGCAUGAUACACUGCCUGUUGCUGUUAGUUUAACUGUGCUCGGCAGCGUCGGGGGGAAAUGUGGCGGGACACGAAUGAAAGUUAACACGACAAAAAUCCAAGUAGGGCAGGUGGGAGGGAUGGUGGAUGGGUCCAACAAACACUGACCUUCACCUGGGAGAGUGGUGUGUGUCCCGCAAGAUCAAAAAGCCAAACCCUAUUCUGUUUUCCUAAGGAGGAAAACCAAAAACUCUAAAACUCAGUUUGCGUGUGGACGAGAGGCCAAAACGUGGAGGAAAAUAUGAGUUCAUUAAUACCUGUACACGUGUAGACGGGGUCUUUGGCAUGUGGUCACUGAGAGACAAAGACUCAUUACCCAAUGUGACUUUAUUUUCAGUUAUUUUAUUAUGAAUAUUUCUAUCACAGGCAAUUUCUCAUGACUUAAAAGGAAAGGCGGCUUUUAAGAAGCCUGGGUAUGCAAAUUGAGGUCGCAGACACCUGUCAGGGAUUUAAAAAAAAAAAAAAAAAGGAGAUUAAUAUAUUGUUUAGACUCUUGGUUUAUAACCAGUUCUACUGGAAAAGAGGAACAAGGUGCAAUAUUGAAGAUAAUCAGUAACGGUGCGCUUACUGAAAUGACUCUGUCAGACGUGCUGAGGUGUUCUAAGGCAAAAAGGCGGAGUACGUUACCACAAUCUCCUCCCGCUGUAACUGUCGAGUUGUAAAAAAAAAAGAAAGAAAAAAAAGAAAUGAUAUCCCAUGCAGCAUUGUAGCCAAUUUCAAUGUUGUUGUUUGUUGUGAAUACUGAUCUUUAUCGCUAACCUCAUAACUGAGGCACUUUCAUGUAUCGGGAUCAGUCAUCCGUAGUGAUAAAGAGGAAAUGGGACCUGGCAGAACAAUGAGACUUAAUGUUGCACGUCUUGUUUUAAUUUAAAGUGAGUUUUUUUAGGGUUGUUUUGUGAAGGAAUCGUCCUGUGAGUAUUUUUUUAAGUUAAAAAAGGAGCACAUUGAGCUCACAUGCAUCGGUGUAACCCUAACAUCCAUGUGGCUUCACUGGAUGCAGUGUGAGUGUGUGUGUGGGCUGCUCAGACAAAAGAAACUCCGUCCGUCUGUCCGUCUGUCUCAUCCCCUCUGACCUCAGCUGUGUCAAACUCUCUCUCAUCUCCAUCAUCGAUCUCAUGUCUGAAAACACACUGUCUGAAAAGAAGCAAGAGACAAUCUUUGAAAAAGAUGUAAUCACAUCACAGUUUACUCUCCCAGUUUUCUGCUAUGGUGUGUGUUGGUGUGUGUGUGUGUGUGUGUGUGUGCGCGUGUGUGUAUGUGUAUGUGUGUGUGUAUGUGUGGUCUGAGGGCACACAAGAGUACUCAAAGCAGAUCUAGAGCACAGUCUCACAACAGACACUUUUAAUGGUGAGUCACUCGGCACAAAAACAUGUGGUGUAAGUGUGUGUAUGUGUGUGUUUUUAUUCCUUUGUGUUGUUGUUGAUGGCGUAAGUGUUGUUAUUGACAGUAUGUUGAUUUUUUUCUGUUGGUGUAUAAGUGGAGUGACCCAGUUUGUACGACAUCAAUCUGUGAAAGAUUUAAUUCAGUAGGCUGAAACAUUCCAAACAAGGACAAUGACUCUUCGAGCAGCCGAGAAAGCGGCUCGCACCUUAUUGAUGAUUUGUCAAAGUUUAGAGAGAUAUAUUUCUGUAUUUAUCACAGAUCAAAUUUAUCAGUUAUUUAUCAUGAAUCAGUCUAUUCCUCACCACCACCAGGCCGCUCUAGAGUUGGAUUUACAUACUGACCAUUUUACAUUUUUAUUUCUAUGUCACGAUUGGGCUGCAUCACAUUCACGUUUAAAUUCUUUUAUCUAUUGCAAGUUUGGAAGCACUUUAUAGCUCAGGAUUAAGGUAACAUGACGCAGUGAUUUGUGUGUCUUUACCUCAUUUGGAACAUACUGAGAAGUGAUUAUAACAAAGGACAGAAGCAGAGCUCAAUCUGCUUUAUUGAUUACUUUCAAAAAGAAAAUCAAACAGCUCCUGUCUGAAAGCUUUACUGGAGCUCAGAGUGAACUCAUCACAGAGGGGUGUUUCUCAGAAAAGCAGGUCUCACGUUGAAAAGUCUGUCUUGAAUCAGCCAAACACACAGAACCAGGAUGAAUCUGUUUCAUGAAGCUGGUUUGGAGCCAAAUCUGGUUACUUUAAUGACGAUCAGAGGGGUCCGUCACCUGAAUCUGCUGCUCCGCUCAGCUUUACAGAGCUUCAUAGUGAGUUUUGUCUCACUGUUUAGCCUGCAACUUAACUGUUUUGGUUCAUUAUUGCUGCUCUCAUGUCGUAUUCAUAUCAAAUGUGUUGCGAAUUUUUGCGUCACAUUACUCACGCAAGUUUGAACACUAGAAUAUUUUGUGUUGACUCGCUUCAUUUACGCGAAUAACUUGCGUCAUACGUGCAUGAAAUCGCUGAAUCAAUGCAUGAACUUCUGCUGGUACGUCCUCUGCGUCAUACGUCCUUGGAGGAUCUCAAUACCGAUUAGCUAUCACGGCACAAAUUGGUCCCUGAUUUUUCAGCUCUCACAAAUAAGCAUAUGGUGCCACACGCUUAAUUUGUGCUGCUUAAUUUGUGUAUUCCAUGUUAUUUGCACUGACCGGCGGGAAUUUGCAUCUACUGGAGUCUUUAUAUUGACACAGCAUCAGAGUCGUUCUCAACUAGGCCUACAGCAGGCGGCUGUUCUCAGUGAAAAAAUCUCCAAAAACACACCGUACAUUUCCUGCUCAGCACCAAACAGCAGACUACAUAAUGGUGCUGGGGGCACCCUCUAGUGCAGUGGUUCCCAAUUUGUGUUUAGUGGUCCAAAAGUGGGACACGGGUCCAUUCCAAAUGGGCCAGGAGUGAUUCACAAAUGUGUCAAGUUUGCAAAGAACACACUGUAUUUUAAAGUACAAUAAAUUUCUGGCACAGUAGAGUGAGGGAAUAACAGACAGUUACUUAAUAGAGACGGCAAACUAGCUCAGUGUCACGGCCAAAUGCAAGUCUGAUGUUGAAUAUAUUAAACUGUGUGGACCUUGAACUGAUAACUAAAGAGAAAUCUGGAUCCAUUGCUGGAUCAGUUGGGAACCACUGCUCUAGUCUGUUCAGCCAACUCCAAUGUAAACCCAUUUGCGUCGCUAUUAGGGCCCUGACACACCAAGCCAGCGUUUGGUUGUUCGUUGGCAUUGGCCAUCGGUGAACAUCUUUCACCCUAGUUUUGAGGUGUGUCCGGCACUGUUGGUACUUCUUGGCCUUUUUUUUUUUUUUUUUUGGGCCAAUCCAGCAUGUUCAAUCGACAUCUGAGAUGGUGGAGCCCAUCGCUGAGUCAAAUCACUCUGAUUGGCAGUUCAGUUCAGUGCACGACAGGAGAAACGAAAGUGAGGAAGGCAAACAAACAGCUAAGAUUAUUAGGUAAGAUUAUGUUUUUAGCCACUGAGCUCUCUAGCAGAAACAGUUUGCAACUGUUUUUAAUGCUCACUGGUGGACAGUAAAUAUACUGUUCUUGCGACAUCGAAUUUUAAUGUGCUAACUGGCUAACCAGUGUCCUGAAUCUGGUAUCAUUUCCUCUCACACAUGCGCAGAAUAUACUUGCUAGUUGGCCACUGGCUGUAGUCUUUGCGCUGUGUUCUGGUGCCACUUUUUGCCACUAGUUCUUUGACGCUGGUUUGGUGUGUCUGGGCUUUUAGAUAUUCAGAGCAAUGGAUGCCGUAUGAAGAGCACAAAAGUCCAUGUAGGGAGACGCGUCCAACAAGCACAGGACUUUGACCCGGAAGACUGGUGUUGGUGUCCUGUGUAAAACUAAAAGUCAGUGUUGAGCUAUUUUGUCACAUUAGUUGCUAGUCUUGCGAGCUGACUGAUGUGACUGUCAUCAACCACAGUCUUCUCCUAAGCCUAACCAAGUAGUUUUGUUGCCUAAACCUAACUGCCGACCCCCUCUGCAUCGAGAUCAACCGACUCCUUCUGUGUCACGAUACAAAACACUGCCCCCUGCAUCAUUAUAGUGACCCUUGGUAUCAAAAUAUGACGUGUAGGGAUGAGAUCACAACGUACUUGAUUUGUGCAAGAGAUGCAACAUCUUUAAUUUAGUUGCAGUGCAUUUAGAAGCACACUUACCGACUCAUUGAAAAACAAAAGAUAUUAGGUCACAUUUUAAUUGUGUCAUUAAGUGCAUCCCGUUUCUGCGACCUACAUUUUUAAUGCGGUGCAAACAGACUCCUGCUCACAGCGCAGCAGUAAGGAGGAGCCUUCAGGUAGGAAGCUUUGAGAGAACGGCAUGUUUCAGUCUGACGCUGUAACUCUGCUCAAGCUGACACCUGAACCAGGCUGGUCUGAAGCCUCCAUGGUAACGUAGGUCUAAUUGAACCUCCUUCAUGAAACAGAAUGACGGUUUGGAAUAAGCCUGCUUUGACUGUUUGAUGAAACACCCCUCUGGACUCAAACAGACGUAAUCAUAGAUGUACGUGGGACCUGAGUCCUCACACAUGUCUUCCUCGUCUCCUCCAACCUGCUCGUUUGUUAACUGCAGCCAUAGCAGAUCCUCUACACUUCACGUCGAACUCAGUGAUGCCACGUCGUCCCAUUUUUCAACCGACCAACCAAACAUUAGCUUGCAGAUCUGUAAACUGUCUUAAAGUCUACGCUGAGCAACAUUUGUGCUGGAGUUAACUGUGAUCAACGACAACCACUUGUUGUCAUGUUGUUGUUUUGUUUUUUUCUAAUAACGCCCAAUGGAUUUUCUCUUUGUAUUGACUGGACAAUGUAAUCUAUUGGUGUUGAUUAAAAUGCCCUGGUAGCUUGUGGAUUGCUAAAGUGGUCAGAUAAAUGUACUGUAUAGCUGUACAAAGAGUGAUAAAGAUGUUUUAAACCUUUUUUUCUGUGGGUACAGCACUGUUUAAAAAAAAAAAUCAAAGUGGUUUUAGCCCUUGCUUGUUUUAACUUAUCAUUUGGUGGUGGUCUGUAUUACUUCUAUUGUUAUUUAUAUUAUUUCAAUUGUUGCCUCUCCUGCACUGAUAAGAGACUGUAGCUCUGUGCAGGAGGUUGUACUGUAAACCUGUGUGAAGCUUUGUAUUUCCUCCCCUCUGGUUUUGGACUCAGUGAAAGUGUGAUGUUUACAUGUACAGUUUUUCAGAAUACUUUUGCGUUUUAUUCAGGCUAUAGUUUCUUUUUCCGCACCUAUUCCCCCGAAUCUGUGUACAUUUGCCCAGAUAUUUUUCCUUCUGUUGUUUCAUUGCAUCAAAGUGCAGACGUGACCUCUUUGACUAUUUGGUCACACGGUCAUGAAGUGUGCCGUGACAGCUGGUUGUGGUCGGCUCGGUGUUGUGGUGGCUUCCAGCAUUUACAAAAAAGAAAAAAAAAAAGAAAGUAAAUCUUAAGUAAAAAAGGGAGCUUCACAACUUCUCAAAGUGGACCAGCAAAGAUUUAUUAAGGAUCAACUUCAAUCAACUGUUUUAGAAAACUAUUGUGGCCUAAAUGGAGAUCGGUGGGGUGUAGGUACAUUUAUUAUUCCACGUUAAGUGCUCAGAAUCUUUUAAUAUCCCGGCCGUAUUGUCAGGGAAAACUCCUUGUCCUUAACACGACUGGUACCCUGAAAGGUACACUUUGACCUGUUGUAAUAUCUCCUCGGUAACAUAAAAGCCAUUCCCCUCUCCUGGCCUUUUUAAGGGGAACCCAUAAACCUCAGGAAAUACUGAUUCUCCAAGUUUAGUUUUUAUCCACUGAUUUCUUCUGAAAUGAGAUUUAAAUCUCUUAACGAAAAAAAACCAUUAACAUUUAUAUGAGAUGUCUAUUGUUUUGUACAUUUAUCAUUGUGAUUUAAAAGUGGAGCUUUUUUCCAGUAUCUGUGACUUAAUAUUUUAAUUUUCGUUUCUUUCUUUCUUUUUUUUUUUGGAGUGUUUAUAGGUAUGGAUAUUUAUUAUUCUAUGUGAAACAAAAAGACAAAAGAAAAGGUUGAACCUGUUUCAUUUGUAUGUUUCAUGCAAAACUGUCCAGGUGAGAUUCUCUCUGCCUCUUACAUAUCACUGAUGAGGGACCUGUGUUUGUUUGGAAAUAGCGCUUUUUCAGUGUUGCAUCAACGCUAUGAAAUAAAAAAUGAAAAAACAAACAAAAAAAAAAAACACCAGUGGUUUACCAACAGCAGAGCUGCAAAGCUCUCCUC